AGUCUGCUCUCUGUUUCUACCAUGUUUGUCUUCUAAGACUUCUUUUAGAUCUCCAAACCUCCCAAGUUGAAAUCUUGAUGCGAUUUAAUGGCUUGUCUUCUGGUUUUGAACAUUGGUAACGUAUCAAGUUGACUUUUUGGCGUUGAUUCUGAACUUUCAUGGCUGCCAAAAGGUUCUUCGCUCUGCUUUUCAUCGACGUUCUACUGUCCCCGGUUUCGAUCGUGUUCGAUUCGUACUCGCCCAAUCUGAAAGUUCGUCUUUCUAUACUCAGCACCACCAUUUGAUCUGGAACUUGGUACAUGUAUCUGCUCGGAGAGAAGAUAUGGUGCCAAAAGGAGACGGAUUCGUACAUGCACGGACGGAUUCAUCCCGCCAUGUCUGCCUCACCAGCCUACUGACCUGAAUUUAUUUCCCUGCCCCUCGCCUUCUGCUCUCCCCUUGCAGCUUGCCGCUCCUCGCUUCCGAGACCUGCUCCUUCGUCCGCUCGCCCCUCCGAGACAGUAUCCGCCAUUGCCGACGACGCCGCCGUGUCGGUCAUAGCUGACGCCGCCGCCAUGGAAGCCGUCGCUGAUGAUGCCGCCAUGGACGCCGUCCAAAGGCGCCUUAUGUUCGAGGACGAAUGCAUUUUGGUGGAUGAGCAAGACAACGUCGUUGGACAUGAAUCUAAAUAUAACUGCCAUCUGAUGGAAAAUAUUGAGUCUCAGAAUGUGCUCCAUAGGGCUUUUAGUGUUUUUCUCUUCAACUCAAAGUAUGAGUUGCUACUUCAGCAAAGGUCUGCAACAAAAGUAACAUUUCCAUUGGUGUGGACAAACACCUGCUGCAGUCAUCCUCUUUAUCGGGAAUCCGAACUUGUCGAGGAGAACUUCUUAGGGGUCAGAAACGCUGCACAAAGGAAGCUAUUCGAUGAACUCGGAAUACCCGCGGAAGACUUGCCUGUCGAUCGAUUCACUCCUCUCGGUCGCAUGCUCUACAAGGCGCCAUCUGAUGGAAAAUGGGGGGAGCACGAGCUGGAUUACCUGGUCUUUGUGGUUACUGAUGUGAAGCUGCUUCCCAACCCGGACGAAGUCGCGGAUGUCAAGUACGUCAACAGGGAGCAGCUGAAGGAGCUGCUGGAGAAAGCAGAUGCCAGCGAGGAGGGUGUUAAGCUUUCUCCCUGGUUUAGGCUGGUGAUCGAUAACUUUCUGAUGAAGUGGUGGGACUGUGUGGAGAGUGGCACUCUGCCGGAGGUAGCAGACAUGAAGACCAUUCAUAAACUGGUUUAGGAAUUGUUGGACGAUGUGAUGAUGAUCCUGCGGAAACUGAGGGAACUCUGAUAAAAUAGUGUUGACCAUGCGGAAGUAGUUUAUAAUAUAUAUCCUGCCCAUGCCGUUGACUGUGGACAGUUUAAUCUUAUCAAAUUUGGUA